GUUUAUUUUGACAUUAAUUAUGUUGUACAUGUGAACAAGUAAAUAUUGCAUUAAAUUUGCCAAAAUGAUGCCGUUCUUUAGUGUAUUGUGUCAAUUCGAAAAUUGUACGAGCUAACACAUUUUACUCCAAAAUAUAUUUGCUGUUAUCUGAUAAAGUUUUAUAGACAAGUGAAUCAUUAAUGUGAUUAAACAAUACUUUAUAAGUGCAACUGGUGAAUAUUUAUAUUUAAAUUACCUUAAGGACAAUAUUUCCUAACAUGAAUCAGCAAGAGAAAAUAGCAAAAUUAAAACAAGUAUUUUCAAAGACACUGACAGAUCUUCUUACCAUAAGUCUACAUACCCAGAAUGUGUGCACCGAGUUGAUAAAUGACUUACAAAAUGAGAAUUUUAGUAUGAUAUCAGCUGAUGCUGAAAGCCUGGGAGAUACACUUGCAAAAAUUUUAAGAAUGCUUAAAGGAAAUUCCACAGUUUUUGUUGACACCCUUUUAUCAGAAUUUCAUUCUAUAAAUUCACAAAGACCAGCAAAUUUUUUUGCACAAAUGUUUUCAACUUUAUUGGAGUGUAAACAUAAUGCAGUAAUUAAUAGAGAUGGGAUGUUUUCUUUUGCAGAACAUGUGGACCGUGAUAUACAAACUGAUUCUAUUCAAGAAGAAAAUAGGAGUAAUAUCGAUAUUCAAGCACCAAUUGCUUCUACAAGUAAUUAUAAAAUCUCUGAGGAAACAAAUGACAACACUAAUCAGGUAAAAAAGGAAUGUGAUUUUGAUACUGCUUCGAAUUUGAUUGUGCUUAAAUUUGAAGAAGAUUUAGAUGAAAGUAUUCCUGGAAAGUUAAGCUUAAGAAGACAAGAUACUUCAGAUACAACACAUACUAAUGAAUCUUGGAUGGAUACUCUUCAAAGAUCACAAGAUUCUUCUAAACCAACGUCGGAAAAAUCGAACAGAAGGAAUAGCGAUGAGAACAUGGUUGUAUUGAUAAAGGAUGAAAACGAAGUAUCCGAUGAUUUCUACUCCGUUCCUACUCAGAAGAUAGUGCGGAAAACCAGUACACCUUUACCUAUUGCUAAAAGUUUACUUCAGCCAAACACUUUACCUGUUGAUGUAGAGAUGGAAGAUAAAAAUGCAAAAAGUACUCAGGAGAUUAGUACACCUAAAAGGAACAAAGAAGAUGUAAAAAAUCAAAAUAAUUUAAAACAGAAAAAUGAAAAUUCAAUAUCUAAUAUUAGUAAUGAUCAAUUGCACGAAAACCUACCAUCAACCUCGAGUUGUAAAUCACCAGAACAUAAAAUUAAAAUCAACUCUUCCGAUGAUAUCAAUAAUAGAACUGAAGAACGUUAUUUGAAUAUAGAUAGUGUAGACAAAGUAACUACUGAAGAUUUUGAGAAAAUAAUGAAAUCGCCUACCAAUUUUAACAAAAGAAGUACUACCGAUGAGCUGAUGGAAGGUAUUACCUUUGAAGAAUACUUUAAUUCGCAUUUGGAUGAUGACACAAUAAAAAAUUCAAGUGUUGAAAUUGUAUCAGAGGAUAAAAAAGAAGAUAACACAUCUCAAGAAUGUACUAUAGGUAACGAAAAUGGAUCGGUAGUAAAUGACCCAGUACAAUCAGCACAGUUACCACUUACCAGUUUAACGUCGGAAGAAAAGAAUAUUGAUAAUAACAGUGACAUUAGUAUAAAUUCGGACGAUUAUUACAAUGUUUAUUCCGUAGAAACUCAGCCUCUCUCCUCAGACGAAGAAAACGAAAGAAAUUCCGAAAGAGGAGAAGGUAAUAAUUCCAAAAAAAGCCCUUGUGACAAAUUUACAGCCAAAGAAAGUGAAAAUUACAUUGAUAAUGAUUCUUCAAUUACAAGUGAUCCGCACAUAGAUGACAAUUUUGAUUCGGAUACUGAUCACAAUGUUGAAGGAGUUCCUGAGGAAAUUUCAAAUACGAGAGAUUCUGCAGCCGCUGGAGAUGACAAUAAUCAUCAGACGACCAAUAAGAGUUUUAGCGAUUCCGAUGAGACAGAUAUUGAAAAAUCACCUGUAAUAAAUGAUAUUGUACAACUUAAUGUCGACAACUUUUCUUUAGAAAAUUCUAAUUCUAGGGCAGAAUCAAUUAAUUCCGAUAUUUCACACACAUCAUUUGAUUUUAUAAACAAUGAAGAACUUCAAAAAGAGGAAACUCCAGGAAGAAAUGAAAUAUCUACCCAUGAAGUAGCUCAUAGCGCGGAAGAGGAAACUCAAAGAAAUAAUGAAAUAUCUACCCAUGAAGCAGCUCAUAGUGCGAACGAGGAAACUCCAAGAAAUAAUGAAAUAUCUACCCAUGAAGCAGCUCAUAGUGCGAAAGACCAGCAAAAUGAAAGUAAUGAAGACACUUUGAUGGAUGUUGAUUUGGAAGAAUAUCUGACAGAUUGUGAAGGAGGAAAUCAGAGUCAUAAUACUUCUCAAGACACUAUUUGUUAUUAUAUUAAGUCUGAUCCGGAUGAGCCUAAAGAAGAAGAGGAUGUAUUACUUUCAGAAAAAACAAAGUCAAAUAUAGAAACAUCGGAUAAGCGAACUGCAAGUGACUUAGGUGAUGAACUUCUAGAGUUACUUAAUGACCAAAAUUUCCCAGACCUUGUGCCUAAUAAUGAUAACACGGAUAAAGAAAAUUAUAAAGAAGAGGCUGAUGAACUUCUAGAGUUACUUAAUGAACAAAAUUUCCCGGACUUAGUGCCUAAUAAUGAUAGCACGGAUAAAGAAGAUGAUAAAGAAGAGGCUGAUAAAGAUUUAGAUCUAUUAAAUAAUGAUAACCCAGAUAAUGAAAAUGAUGAAGAAGAGGCUGACAAAGUAUUAGAUCUCUUAAAUAAUGAUGAUUCUAUACUAAGCGAUUCUAUUAUAGAUUCGGAUACGCAAUCAAGUUUCAGCGAUGUUAAUAUUCCUGGACUUAAUGGAGUGUCGACUGUAGACAGCGAAGAAGGUGAUACAAGUAAAGAUAAGAAAGAUGACUGUUACGUACUAUUAGAAAGAUUACCAGAAAAGUUAUUGACCAAGCAUAAAAAAUCCUUAAAUGAUAAUAUAGAUUGGUUAUGUGAUAUUGAAAAUUUGUCCAACAUUAAAAAGACUAUACCACCAAAAAAGCGUCGCCGCCCAGAAGUGAAAAAACUAACUACCAUACGACAUUUGAUUAGCUCGUCAAGUGACAGCGAUGAUGCAAACAGUGAAGAUAACUUAAGAAGCAGCUUCAAUCUCGAUUCAGAUCAACUUGAUAAGCUUGAUGCAGUUGUUGCAGACAUGAUUCGCAAAAACUUGGAAAACGGAUCCGACAGUGAGAGCGAUAGUAGCAGUGAUAGUAACGAAUCCGCUAGAAAGGAGAAGAAAAAAAAGAAAACGCCUCAAGAUGCCACUGUAAACGAAGGAAAAAAGGAGCCACUUUCAAAGGAAGAACUGGCGAAGAAAGCGUGGAGGAAAGAUUCGCUGUUAAGGGGAAAGUUAUCAUCAUCUGAAUCCAAUGAUUCUGCUGCAUCGGAUUCAAAUGAUGCAGAUCAAAAACCAAAAAAUAAAACAAAACGCAAAAGAUAUGAAGACGACACUGAAUUCGGCAUUUCUUCAGAUCAUCUUAAUACAGAUUCCGAUAGUGACAAUGCUGUCGCUAUAUUAGAAUCACUUAAGAAAACCCAAAUAAGUCCUAUAAAACAGAACAUACCCGAUUCAGACUCUGAUUCGGACAGUGAUGUGCAAUAUAUUUCGCCCGUUAAAAAAGAGGAUGAUGAAGGUGAUGCGUUUAGUCCAACUCAGAAAGGAAGAAGAAAUAUUAGAUCCAUUCAAAGUGAUGAAAUUUUGGCGGUGGAAACUCAAAUAGCCAAAAAAGCAGAAUUGGAAAGAAUAGAGAGAUUGAAGGGUCGCAGUAAAUUACUAGAAAGCAUGUCACAAUCCACUCCUUCUGAAACUGAGAAAAAUCCGCCUUUAAUCUUGGAUAUGGAAGAAAAAACCAAUAAAAUAUUGGUAAAAGUUUCUCCACAUAUCACCAACAGAUUAAAACCACAUCAACGGAAGGGUAUAAAAUUUAUGUGGGAUUCUUGUUAUGAAAGCCUUAAACGUAUUAAGGAACAUCCUGGCUCCGGAUGCAUUUUAGCACAUUGUAUGGGACUUGGAAAAACGUUUCAGGUUUUGUCUCUUAUUCACACUUUAUUUACUCACGAAGAAAUAGAUACAAAACAUGUACUAGUAGUAUGCCCUUUAUCUACCGUCAAUAACUGGAGGAAGGAAGUGAAGUUUGCAUAUAAAGGAUUACGAGAUCAGGAUGAUAUUCAUAUAUAUACUUUCCAAACUGCAAGAGACAUUAAACUAAAAUAUGACAUUGUAAACAAAUGGCACCUGCGAGAAAAAUCCAUAUUGAUUAUGGGAUAUGAAGCUUUUGAGACAAUAACCAAUGAAGCGAAACUAGACAAAAACGUCAGCGUAGAGAUGAAGAAUAAAAUUGUUAAUGCUCUCGUUGAUCCAGGUCCUGAUUUGGUAGUUUGUGAUGAAGGUCACUUAAUAAAAAAUAAGAAAGCAGUAAGAGCCAAAGCCCUAAAUAAAAUUAAAACUAACAGGCGUAUUGUAUUAACUGGCACCCCACUACAAAACAAUCUAGUAGAAUAUUACCACAUGGUUCAUUUUGUUAAGCCAAAUCUGUUGGGUACAUUAAAGGAAUUUAGAACCAAUUUUGUUAAUCCUAUAACAAAUGGCCAAUAUGAAGAUUCAACAUCUCAUGAUAUUAGUUUAAUGAGAAAAAGAACUCACGUUUUGCAUAAACUUCUUGGUGAAACUGUUCAGCGAGUCGAAGACACAGAAUUGGAGAUGUAUUUGCCAAAAAUGUUAGAUUAUGCGGUGUUCAUACAACUGCAUCAACUUCAGUGUGAUUUUUAUAAUGAUUAUUGUAAUAGACAACCCGCAGCCGAUAAAACAGUGUCUACCUUUCUCAAAGACGUCCACAUGCUUCAAUAUAUAGGCGCACAUCCCCAGUUGUUAAACGUUAUAGAAGCUUCUAAAAAUAAAAAAAUCAAACAACAAGAUGUUAUUUGUGAAGACGAUGAAAUUAUUGAUAUGGGAAAUUGGUGGAAAGAUAAAAUGCCUGCUGAUGCUCCUGAAAAGCUUGAAUAUGGACAUAAGAUGUUAGUUUUGAUGACGAUUUUAGAAGAAUGUGAGGAGGUUGGUGAUAAAUUGCUGGUGUUUUCACAGAAAAUCAUUGAAAUGGAUUUGAUUGAACAUUUUCUUACGAAGAUCGGCACUAAAAAAUGUAGUUCCUGGAGAAAGAAAGUAGAUUAUUUUCGGAUGGAUGGUACAGUGAAACCAGAAGAACGCUCAUUUAUUUGUGAUAAGUUUAACGACAAGAAUUCAAAAGUUAAAUUACUGUUAAUGUCUGUCAAAGUAGGAGGUUUAGGACUAAAUUUGACAGCCGCCAAUAGAGUUGUAAUCAUGACUGUUAAUUGGAAUCCUUCCUACGACACUCAAAGUAUAUUCCGUGCGUAUAGAUUUGGACAAACGAAGGAAGUUUAUGUUUACAGACUUAUAGCAUUAGGUGCCAUGGAAGAAAAAAUAUACCAGCGGACAGUUACAAAAUUAGCUAUUGCUCACAGAGUAAUUGAUAAACAUCAAAUAGAUAGACACUAUAAGAGCAUGGAUCUCAUGGAAUUGUACGCUUGUCGACCGAGUGCUGAUAACGAGCGACCCACUCCCAACGUUCCCGAAGAUAAAAUGUUGGCCAAACUUAUCCUAAAAUUACCAUGCAUUUAUAAAUAUCAUGAACAUAAGGCUCUAUUAGUUGAUAGACACGAAGAGAAGUUGACUGAAGAUGAAAUGGCAGCAGCUUGGGAAGAUUUUAAAACUAGUAAUAAAAAGGAUCUUCCUCCACCUCCCCCACCGCAAAUACUACAUCAGGGCGUGAAUGGGCCAACUUUCGAACACGCUUACAAUUUGUUUCGGUCUAGUUUAGCUCAAGCUUCAACAAAAAAUGUGCAAGACCAAUUUAAUACACUAUUACAGAACUAUUAUAUGUCGGAUAACUCACAGUUUGUGAAAGAAAUUGAAAACAAACUCAGGGCUUCGCCGCAAUUAAAAAAAAUUUUUAAAGAAGGGGACAAAAUUGCCAAUGUUUCAAUUUCUAGACAAAACGUACGCAAAGAAAAACGGACUAAUAAUAAUAUAACAGACAAUGCGCCAUCAAUAAGUGUACAAACUGAACCAAAUACUAUUAUAAUAGAUGAUAAUAAUACUCCAUCAACAUCUACCUCAAAAGUAGUUUUUUCGUCAACUGGUAAUCAACGAAGUUCUAGUAUCGCAACAAACUCUGCAAUCAAACCAUCAACAUCUGCAGCAAAAGUACUUUUUCCGUCAAUUGCCAAUCAAGGCAGUUCGAGUAUCCCAAGUUACAUUGUACAAAAAAUGUCUGAACAGAAAACAUGGAGAAAUCAAAUUCGACAAAAUAAUUGGGGUAAUAGUCCAAAUAAUCCGUUUAAUAAUGCUUAUAAACAAUACGAACAACAGAUGGCUAAAAGAAAACUUCAAUUUGAUGGCUCCAAUAUCAGUAAAAAAUCUAGAACCUCUGCUGUUGCACAAAGUUCACCUAAUACAGAAUUAGUAAGCAAUAGAACUUUACUAGAAAGUAGAGAGCGAGAGCACAUUUCUAAUGAACUUGAUAAAUUAACGAGGCAUUUAUUAACUGGUUUACACACUAGAGGACUAACUGUUACUGAAACGGCUGAUAAAGAGAAUGAAGAUCAACUAAAUGUAAGCUCAACAGCGCCGAAGAAAUCUAGUAUCGAUACCAGAAGAGAUAGUGUAAAUAUAGUUUCCUUAUCAAAUAACGGAUCUAUUCAAGUUGAAGAUCUUACUAAGAAUCACGAGGAACAUUUGAAUUCGGGUCAAAACGCUAAGAAAAAGACUCAAAAUUUAAAUCGGAGAGAGGAGACUGUAUCGAAAAAUGACGAUAUAAUUGUCCUUUUAUAAAAAGAGAUAUGGCAUAGUUGGUGUUCCCGAAAACCUUCAAAUGGAUAUUUAUGUGAGCUAUAGGAAACAGAGAUGCACUAUUGAAUAGUACUGUGUUCAUCACAACUGGGGUUUAGUUCAUACUUAAUUUUAAAGACUGUAAAUAUGUAAUAAUUAUUUGUGAUCUGCCUUAAAUGAUGACACACUAAAAGUUACUAAAAUAUGUGAUAUAAAAGAUGAUAUGAUGUCAUUACGCCAAAUUAAAGUGUUGACAUGUUAUAUCUAGACUGAAAAAAUCUAAAUUUUUUAAUGUGUAUAAUUUCUAUAAGUUAUUAAGGCUUUUCAAUGAAAUUAUUUUAAGAAAAUCAUAAAUCGAGAUUUUUAUAUAAAAGUCAAAAUCUAUUUUGUAGGUUUUAACUUUUGAAAGUAAAGUAGUAACUAGAAUGACAGGAGAACUAACAUCGUGGCAGGUUACAUUUUUCCUUACUAUAUUUCUAAUUCAACUCUUUGUCAACCAUUUUCCAUCCACUCCUGAAUGUAGGUCCCUCCCAAUUGCUUCCAUCUUUCUCUAUCUUGCGCCAAUCUAAUCCACUGUUUCCUGCUACUGCUCUUCUGUCAUCUACCCAUCUUUUUUGAGGUCUUCUCAUGCUUCUUGUUGUCGUCCUUGGUCUCCAUUCUAGAAUUCUCCGUUUUCACCUGUUGUCAUUACAUCGGGCUACGUGAUCCGCCCAGCGCCAUUUCAUUUUUGUAAUUUCUUCCACAAUAUCCCUAAUCUUCGUUCUACGUCUUAUCUAGGUGUUUCUAAUCUUGUCUCUCAGUGAUAUUCCAAGCAUGAUUCGUUCCAUUACUCUUUGCGUUGUUUUUAAUUUUUUAGCAUCUUUUUGGUAAGGACUACUGUCUCCAAGCCGUAGGUACAAAUUGGUAGUAUGCAUGUGUUAUACACCUUUUUCUUUAAGUUUUCAGGAAUGGAGGUGUUUUUCAAGAUAUUUGCUAGCUUGCCGAAAGCGCCCCAUGCCAGUUGUGUUCUUUAAUUUCAGUAUCUUGAUUUGGCUUUCCUAGUUUGAUGACAUGACCUAGAUAUACGUAAUGUUCAACAUUUUCUAUGGUAUGCUUUUGUAUUGUUAUAUUUGCCUGGUCUCGGCUCAGUAUUUUUGUUUUACUGUAGUUCAUUUUUAAGCCUACUGCUCCUGAAACUGCAUUUAAUUGUUGUAGCAUAUGAUUUAGUUCUUUGAUAUUAUCGGCUAUUAAAAGUAUGUCAUCUGCGAAUCUCAAGUGGUUUAAGUAUGAUCCGUCGACGUUGAUACCCUUGUUGUUCCAUUCUAGUUUCUUAAAAAUGUCUUCUAGAGCAAGGGUAAAUAGUUUGGGAGAGAUGGUGUCUCCUUGUCUUACUCCCCGUUGUAGCUUAUGUAAUUAGUUUUUGUGCUUUCGUCCAGCUUUAUCUGCAUGGUGGUAUUUUCAUGUAUGUUUUUAAUUAUGUUAGUGUAUCUUGAAUCUAUACGUGCAUUUUCUAGAGAUUCAAGCACUGCCCAUAAUUCGAUGGAAUCGAGAGCUUUAUGAAAAUCAACGAACGCCAUAUGAAUUGAAACAUUAUACUUGGUGCAUUUUUCUACUAGUUUUCUUACGGUGUGCAAGUAGUCUAUGGUACUAAAAUGUUUUCUGAAUCCAGCCAGCUCAAUAGGUUGAUAGAAGUCGAGCUUAUGUGUUAGGCGGUUGGUUAUGAUUUUAGUUAGUAAUUUACACAGAUGUGAUAGAAAGGGUAUUGGUCGGUAAUUCUCGAUGUUUGCUUUGUCUCCUUUCUUGAAUAGUAGAAUGAUUUCGGAGUUGUACCAUUCUUGAGGAUUCUUUUCUUCAUCGAUUACUUUAUUAAAUAAAAUAUUUAAUACCUGUUCCAUUUUUCUGCCACCAAUUUUCAACAUUUCAACUGUGUUUUAUCCUCUCCCGGAUAUUUAUUCGUUUUUAGUUGAUUUAGUUGACUUCUGAGCCGGUGUUAAUUAUUGUUCGUUCAGUACGUCGUUGUUGUGGUUGUGUAUUUACCGAGUAUAAUUUAGUGUAGAAUUUUUCAAUGGCCUCGCUUAUUUUCUUUCUGUCUCAAAACGGUGACGUUUUUCUCAUUUUUUAUUUCUAUGAUUUUUGUUAUGCCACUUGAGUUUUUUGCUUUCAGUACUUUCAUAUUGCAGUUAUCUUGUAUUAUAUCUUUUAUUAGAUUGUUAGUAUAGUUUCUAUGAUCGUUUCUAAUUUCUUUCUUCACGUUCUGUUUAAAUUUUUGAAGCUGUCGGAAGUUCGAUCUGUUAUGUUUCGUCUUUCUUGGAGUAGUUUAAUUGUAUUAGGUUGGAGUUUAGAUGUUUUGGCUGUUUUCGUGUUUGAGCAUAUUUUCUUAACCGAUGUUACCGUUACUUUUAUUUUAUUGGGUAGUCUGUUUAUAUCCAUUUGUUUCAGUGUCUAUUGAUUUUAGUCUUGUGCUUAGCUCUUUUUGGUAUUCUGUACAGGACAUAUCGGUGGUUGGGUAUCGUUUUCGUUUAAUAAGUUUGUUUCGUUCUACUCUCGUCUGUUUUUUAAUAUCCGCUCUAACCAAUCUAUGGUCACUUCCGUUAUAGAAUUCGUUUAGUACUGUCACGUCGGUGCAUAUGUUUUUGUUAUUGGAGAGUAUGUAGUCUAUUUCGUUCUUAGUUUUCUUGUCUGGGCUGAUCCAUGUACAUUUACGUUGUUUAGAUUUUUUAAAUAAAGUUAUGAGACACUGUGUGUCUAAGUCAACAGAUCUGGGAAAUUAGCAGGACAGAUAUAUAACAUAACAUUUAAUUGGUUGACAGCAGUUUUGAUAUAAAUUUGACACCUGUGUUGACCUCAAUUGACAUUUCCAUUAGAUGUUUUGAAAAUUAUUAACUGUUAGUCAUUAUUGUCAUUAAGUCUGUCUGGAAGCUAUUUAACCUAUUAAAUUUUAUAGACUGACAAAUCAGUAUUUUAACACCUUAUCUGCGAUACGGGAAAUCUGUAUUUUGUACUUUUUUGCAUUACAUUUCGCCGGCGAAAUAUAAUUUAUAGUACUUCUUCACUAAAUGUCCCCUAAUAUAAAAUUAGUUGUAUUUUCCGUGUGAAAAUUGUUAUAUUUCCGGAAUUGAUAAACCAGAAGGAUGUAAUCUCUGUUUUGUUUAUUAGCUGUUGCAGCCUAGAUAUCAUCUUGUUGCGAUCUUCCUUCGAAGGUUGGCGAUGCAUUUGACUAUAGCUGUACGUGAAAUAGCUCCUCUGAAGAUUUCGGAUGAUGUUUUGCCGAGACCUUGACGUAAAUAGUUGAGCCAGGAAUUCUGUCUUCUCUGUAUUAACUUUUUCCUCUGAGUUUUCCUUCGAUGAUCAACCUAAGAAGUUCAUAUUUAUCCUUUGUUAUUUGUUUUCCGAUGUACAUUAGCGUAUACUCUUUGAUCGUUGGAUUUAGAAUCAUAGAUUUAUGUAUUUGGUACUUUUAAUAUACUUUUAUUGUCACCAAUUUUAUAGCAUUUGCUAUAUAGUUGCAACUUGAACUUUCCAAUUAGUUAUUUCUGACAAAUAAAACGCCGAAUACAAAGAUAUACACUAUGUGACCAUGCACAUAUUAUUUUUUUAUUAUUAUUAUUUGAACUGAAAGAUCUGUAGAAUAUCUUCCAUUUUCACUAAUAUUUGUAAGAUUUACGUCGUAACAUACUUACCUGUAAAUAAUUGAGACUAUAUAGGCGAGAAGUUUACCCCUAUAAGCCGAGCAUAAACCAACUAAAUGUUUUUUGCAUUUAUACCACACCAAACCUUUUUUAUUCGAUUUUAUAUUUCUUUUUAAAGCUUAAAUACAUAGUCGCGUGUCGCGUAGAAAUCUUUGUUUAAAUUUAAAACUACAUUUUUAGUAAGAUAGAAACCACGUAUCCCUAAAAUAUUCUUACUUGUACGUGAAGGCUAAAGAUUAUAAAGCUUUUUGUAGAAUUGCAAUUCAUUGAGUAGUUUUUUAGGAAAAAAGUCCCAAAAAUCACUAAUUAAGGCAUUUUUGAACAAAAAAUUGAAUAUAGCUCGAAAAGGAAGCAUUUUUCGAAGAAUUAUCGAGAAAGAAAAAGUAUUUAUGUCGAUAAGAUGCCCCUAUAAAUAAUUUACUCAAAGGGGUUCAGGAAAUUAUUUUUUUUUGUUAUAACAUACUUGUUAAUUAACAAUUUCCGGCCUACUUGGAAAAUUAAAAUAUAGAUAUAUAUAUAUAUAUAUAUAUAUAUAUAUAUAUAUAUAUAUAUAUAUAUAUAUAUAUAUAUAUAUAUAUAUAUAUGUGAACUUGAAAAAAAUGUAUAGAAUCGAAUAAAAAAAAUAGUCAGUAUAUUCUGUUUCUAAGCGUUUUUUUUUAUGGGUAAACCGGUCGCCCAAUAUAUCAGCUUUUUUAUCAUAAAAAUAUUGUUUGUUGUAUUUAUUUUUGGCAGAUGUAAAAGACGCAUUAUGUAUAAAUGAUAAUGAUUAUGUGCAACAAAUUUAGUGUAUAGUUUAUAAUAAACAUUAUUUUCUUCCAUUUGAAC